CAGCGAGCGCGUCUGUAGCCGCUUAUCAUUCAAUAAUGGUCAGCGGACAUCAAAAUAUCCAGCGCAUUUUCGCCAUGGAGUGUUUAAAGUUGUGCGUUAUUGUGGGUUUGGCUCUAACUGCUGCACCUGGUCGACCAGUGGCUGCAGCACCGUCACCGACCAAUGCUUAUGUGUACCAAAAGCACAAACGGAGCCCUGCAGAAUUCAACCGGGAUUUGACUUCCACGCUGACAACAGACUUCGAUGGUUUUAGACCGUUGCUAGAUUUUGGUUACGGUUCUCGUUUGUCGUCCAACACAGCGGGUUUCGGGUUCGAUGACGCCACCGACGGUUUCGGCACAUCCGCCGGAUUACUACACUUGUCUCAUCCGUACGCUACUACCGCAUUCGGCUCUGGGUUUGAUUCAAUUGAUUAUCCAUUUUCUGAUUCCACACUGAACCAACUUCAGUUCAAAGCCACGCUUGCUUCUGGUUCAUCGCCAUCGCUCCCGGUAUCUAUAAAGUAUAGUCCACUGGUGGAUAAUGUCGGUAGUCAUCAAACCCAAAUCACUGGACUUUCAGCCAAUGAGCCCGCGAAACUGACUGCCCAAAGAACUGUUUCAUUGCAACAGACUAGACUUAAUGAACAGCGCAUUCCUAUAGAAUCGUUUAGAGCCGCACCUGCUCAGCUGCAACAGUCAUAUUCGGCAUCUGUAUCUGUACCAAAACAACAGCCGUAUGCAAUUUAUGCUCCACUACAACAGUCAUAUCUGGCUUCCGCAUCUCCACCACAACAACAGUCGUAUCCAACCACCCAAUUUGUACCACAGCAACAAUCUUAUCCAGCUGCAAUAUCUGCGCCACUUCAACUGUCAUAUCCAACCUCUGUGUCUAUACCACAUCAACAAUUGUCUGUGACUGCAAUAUCUACCCCACUGCAACAGUCAUAUUAUCCAGCUUCUGCAUAUGUAUCACAACAACAAAAACAGCAACAGUCGUAUCCUGCUGCAAUAUCUGUACCACUUCAACAAUCAUAUCCAGACACUACAUCUGCUUCGUUUCAACAGUUAUAUCCAACCACUAAAUCUGUAUCACAGCAGCAGUCGUAUCAGCCUUCUGGGUCUGUACAACAGCAACAGUCUUAUUCUCCGUCUGGAUCUAUACAACAGCAACAGUCGUAUUCUUCUUCUAGAUCUGUCCCGUUGCAACAGUCGUAUUCUUCUUCUAGAUUUACUCCGUUGCAACAAUCGUAUCCGAAAGGCGAAUCUGUACAACAGGAACAGUCAUUURUAGCCACCGCAUCUACGCAACAACAACAGCCAUAUCCAGUCACCGUCGGAAAUUUACAAAUUCCUGUAUAUCAAUCCCCCGCAGUUAGCGAUUCAGCGGGUUCACUGAUCGCAUCUGAAGCUGGAUCCACACCAGACCUAAUUUUGGAGUUGAGACCUCCACCGUACACCACACCCKCGACGUCGGUCGAUUAUCAAAAAAAUAUGAACAUUCUGUCUAAUCCGUCAUCCACCUAUCAACCUGCAGCUGGCAAUAAUUACAACAAUAAAAACUAUCCUGGUAAUGAUUCUGGUUUGUCAACGGCUCCCGUGGCCGGUACUUCUGGUCCAAACCAGGUCUCCAAUGCUCCGAAUGGUGGCUCGCUCUCCGGAAACACAAACGAUUUUGGUGGUUCAUACGCCAAACCCGACCAAACUUUCUCGAACACCUACUACACGGUCCCCCUUCCAGUGUCUGGCGGUUCGAAUAGUGUUUCAAGCGAUGUUUCUAAUUACUUUUCGUUUCCUAGCAUAUCUUAUUCCUUAACCAGUACCGCAAACAGUAAGUUUGAUGGUUCGACACAAGCACCACUAGCUGCUACAGUACCUUCUUUUGGAACUGACCACGAUGUAUCUACAGUAGCUAAUCCUACUGGCGGCCAAAGCUCCUCUUACCGAGACGUURACUCCAUUCCAAGCGUGUCUUACACUAACUCCAAUUCAAUUUCUGCGAACUCGUAUAGCGAUUCCAACUCAAUCCAGAGUAGUUCUUUUACCAUAUCCAGUUCACCAGAAGCCGGAAACUCUUACAGCGACUACAAGCUCAAUACCAACAAUUUUUACGGUGACUCGAAUUCGAUUUCACCCAACAGCAAACGUGAAUCACCCACUGCCAAUUUAUCCGAAAAAAYCCCGAAGUUKGGUUAGGUUAGGUUAUCAACGUUGCAUAACACUUCGACGACAAGAGUGCUUAUAAAUCCAUAUAGUAAGAAUAUAUUUUUUACACUGUGAAUAUGACUUAAUAAUAUACUUGUAUAUUUUAUUUUUUUUAAGUUAAUUACAUCUUAAGUUUAAGUGCUGUUAGUUUAAGUUUUUUUWAAAGUAAAUUAGAAAAUAUAUUUGUACCAACAUUUUUUUCAUUUUUUAUAAAUGUUUAAAAUAUAAUAAUGUUGAACAUUAUAAUAUUGUAUUAUACCUACCUGUGUAACUGUGUUUUUACUUGUAUGGAA